AUGAGGGCCCCAUCCAAGGAGCUGCCGUCCGCGGGCGCUAUCCCGGGUUCCGGGACGGCGACCCGGCCAACCCGGGCGGUUCGGUCCGGCGCCGGUUGGUAUGCUCGCCAGGGGGCGCGGAGGCCAUUUGGGUCAUGGAAUUCUGACCGGUCGACGGCGGGGGGGAUGUCUUGCUGCGCGGCGGGGCCCGAGGGGGCGGCGGGGGUGGCCCGGGCGCGGGAGGCGGACGCCGACGAGUGGUUCUUCACGGAGACGGGGCAGAAGGGCUGGGUUGAGGCCAUGGAGAUCGACACAUUGACGCCAGAGCUGCCAAAGCUGUUGGUGGAGAUGGGAAUCGAGUAUGACCCAGAGAAGUUGGCAAAGACACUAGAAAGGAGAAAAGUGGUGCUGUACUCCAGGGCGGCUCAGGUGGCAGCCAGCUUGGGUACGUUUUUUGCCAAAUUAGCAAGGGACUACGCCACUGGCCGGUUUGAGGCGCACAUGAAGAAGAGGGCAGACGAGUUGAGCAGCAUCCUGGGCAAACUGGGGCCUUCAUUUGUGAAAAUAGGGCAGGCGUUGUCGGCAAGGCCUGACCUGCUUCCCAAGGUCUACUUGGAUUCCCUGUCACAGCUCCAAGAUCAGCUGCCAGCCUUCCCAAGGGAAAUCGCCAUGGCCCUCAUACAGGAGGACCUAGGGAGCCCUGUGGAGGAGCUCUUUGCUGAGCUGUCUGAGAGGCCUGUGGCGGCAGCAAGCUUGGGGCAGGUGUACAGGGGUCGCCUCAAGACGGGAGAGGAGGUUGCCGUGAAGGUUCAGAGGCCAAGCAUCGGAGAGACCAUCGCUCUCGACAUGGUGCUGCUGCGGCGGCUGAUGGGCGUCAUUGACAGCAAUCAGAUCGGGAGUUUCAAAGUUAGCCAGCCCCUAGUGCCCUUUGUGGAUGAGCUGGCCAGCAAGCUUUUCGCCGAGCUGGAUUAUGUACAGGAGGGCCACAACUGCGAGAAGUUUCAGGAGCUGUACGGCGGCAUGGACCGCGUAAAGACGCCCACCAUCCAUUGGGAUUACAGUGCCCGGCGGGUGUUGACCAUGGAGUGGAUCGACGGCAUCAAGAUGACAGACACAGCGGCCAUGGCAGCGGCAGGGCUCAACGUGCUGGACUUCGUGGACGUGGGAGUUGAGUGCGCCCUGAGGCAGCUGCUCGAGCAUGGCUUCUUUCAUGCCGAUCCGCAUCCAGGCAAUCUGCUGGCGAUGAGGAAUGGCGACUUGGCAUAUCUGGACUUCGGCAUGAUGAGCACCGCACCGCAGGAUGCGCGCUAUGCCAUCAUAGCCCACAUAGUCCAUUUGGUCAACAGGGACUAUGCCGCCAUGUGCGAGGAUUACUACGCUCUCAAGUUCAUGGACCGCUCCGUGGACACGUCGCCAAUCGCCCCCGCGCUUGCUGCCUUUUUCGACAACGUCUUGGACAAGACCGUCGCCCAGCUCAACUUCAAGGCCAUAGUCGACGGCCUGGGGGAGGUGCUCUUUGAAUUUCCGUUCCAGGUGCCUUCCUACUAUGCCCUCAUCUUGAGAUCUCUCACCGUGCUGGAGGGGCUCGCUCUGCAAACAGAUCCAGAGUACAAGCUGCUGGGCCGCGCGUAUCCCUACAUGGCCCGCAGGCUUUUGACGGACCCAGUGCCGGAACUGAGGUCGUCAUUCGAGGACCUUGUGCUUCAGGACGGCCAGUUCCGUUGGAACCGCUUGGAGAACCUCCUGCGGGAGUCCUCCAAGAGCACUGACUUUGAUGCCUCCCAACUAUGGCUGCUGGCCGAGUGGAUGGUCUCGCCAACCGCCGAGGGCCUCCGUGACCCACUGGUCACCGAGCUGUCACGCAUCGUGGACGCAAUGGCGGCCACCGAUGCCCGCAAGCGCCUGGCUGAGAGGCUGGGUAGCGAUGAGUCAGCGGCGGCAUUGCUGCCCGAGGGGCCGCGGGAGAGAAUGUCAAGGGAGAGGGGGGAGGCGCUGGUGGGAGCGAUCGCACGGAGGAUGGGCAGGCUGUCUCCAAAGCUGCAGGGCAGUGGGCCCCUGGGCCUUCCCCUGCCCAAGGACAUCCAGCAGGCUCAGGAGGCGGUCACGAACCAAGUGCAGAACACGGCGCCACGGCUGUACCGCCUCCUGACGCAGCCUGGCGCCGUGGACAUGGUGGGCAAGCUUGCAUCGCAGGUCGGCCGGCGGUUUGCAGCGCGGUCCAUCAAGUUCGUGCUGGGCUCACGGGAGCUGCAGUCCGAGUCAGGAUCCAGCUGA